AUGAGAUCUAUCGCAGCUUUCCUCCUCCUGGUUGCUGUUACCAACGCAAAAACUCUGCAUGAAUCUUUAAGAAAGAGAAGCCCACAGGCUUGCAGUGGUGACUGCCCAGCUGUUUGUGCACCAGCUUGUUUACCAAUUUGCUGUGUACCUCCACCUCCACCACCACCACCACCACCACCACCACCACCUCCACCACCACCACCACCACCUCCACCACCACUUCCACUCCCAGGAAAUCCAGGACCUCCAGGACGACCAGGACCUCCAGGAGGCCCAGGACCAAUGGGACCACCAGGACCUCCAGGACCACCAGGACCACCAGGAAACCCAGGACAAGGGGGUUUACCUGGCCAACCUGCCCCUCCACCACCUCCAUGUCCUCCAAUUUGUCCUGUUCAAUGCAUUCCAACUUGUCCACAAUACUGUUGCCCAGCAAAGAGGAAGUAA